UGGGAUAUACAGCUAAUAGAUGAGUAUAAUCUGCAUUGCUGAUAGCUCUCUUGACUGAUGUCAGCCUGUGUGUGUCUGUUGUGUGUGUGUGAACAUAAAAGAGCCCUUGUUGGAUCAUGCUAAGGGUCUGUCUAGUCCUGCAUUUUGUUCACAUGGUGGCUAAGCAGCUGCCCAUGAGAAAUUCCCAGGCAGGAUGUGAGUCCUGCACUCUCCCACCUGCCCAUCUUCCCCAGCAACUGGUGUGCACAGGGAUACUUUCUCUGAUAGCAUUGAGCCAUCAGGACUAGCAGCAUGGAUAGCCUUCUCCAGUCCCCCUUUAAAGCCAUCCAAAUUGGUGGCCAUGGUGUUCUUGUUGUUGUUAGUCGUGAAGUUGUGCCCGACCCAUCGCGACCCCAUGGACAACAUUCCUCCAGGCCUUCCUGUCCUCCACCAUCCCCCGGAGUCAAAUAAGCCUUAUUAUAUAUCUAUCUCAUAAUCUUGCUGUCAGUCAGUUAUCUAUAAUUUAUCUGCAAUAUGGCUCUCUCUUCUCUGCCCAUUGAGAAUUCUGAAAUGGAAAUACUAAUCACAGAAUGAACUGCUUACAGUGACAGCAGAAAGCCCGUCUACAAAUGAAAUUUCUUACAUAAGAAAUGGAGCAGCAAAUUGAGACGCAUUGCCAAGCAUUCUGUCCUGUAAAUGGUGUGGCUGUGGUGUGUCUUUAACGUCCCUCUUUUUCUCACUAUGUAACGAUGCCACCAAGGAUGUAAUUCCAAUUUCAUUAAUUAACUUCUUUGCCGGACUUUGUGGUCCCCGGGAUGAAACACUGGUAUUCAAACAAUCUGUGACUCUUGGUUAACCAUAAGCAGAAUCACACUUUAUUUGUACAAGUGUAUUGGUUUUGAGAUGUUCAGUAAUUUAUUUUCUUAGAGAAUAAAACAGUGUAUAGUAAUAACUUCUGACUGAGGUAUUUCACUCUUUCUUUUCACAAUCACUCGGCACUCUCAAGUCCUCCUUUCCCUCUUGAAGGUACAUUGAUCGGUCCUUAUUUUACUUACCCAAGCUUAAUCGUUCCAGGUUUCUCUCAGCUUCUAUUUCUCACGCCCUCAUACUACUUGACAAUACUAGACUUUAACUCUCCCUAAUAAGUCCUCCGGUUAUCCGCUUUCCUUUCCUUUGCCCUUAUAAAUCCUAAAUGCCUUUCACAGCACUGUCUAUGAUUCUAAAAAGAAGGCUGCCUCUUCUGAUUCUGUGAACCGCUGACUGACCUCUCGACAGACUGAAAAGUAUCUAUUUUUCCCUUCUUGUACCCUUCCUCGCUUUGCUAAUACUCUUUUACCCUCCUUGCCCUUCUGAAACUUGCCUGCAAUUAGAAGAACACAGUCUUAUAACACUUGGAACCAUUGCACACAUGUAUGUGCAAACACACACCAGACAUGUGGACAAGGUACAUUCAGUUAUUACGGGAUCCAAUUGCUCACUGAAAAAAGACCUGCUACAUUCACUGUGUGUCAGAAGGCAAGUGAGGGAGCCCAGGGAGAUUCUCGCAGGAGAGCAUUCUGAAGUGUGGGGGCCACCACUGUCAAGGACCUGCCGUACGUGAUGACCUGCCAAGAGUAUGAAACGGGGCCUUUGACUGUAAUCUGAGUGGGCAGGCUGGCUUGUGUGGCAGGGAGCAGUCCUUAAUGACAUGCUUGUCUUUUUUGUCACUGGUGGUACAUUGUGGUGGAAAAUUACAGACGAUGGCAGAGCCACCGAUAGAAGAUGAAGGAGAAGAAGCGGCUCAGGGACAAGCCAAGCAAGAGUCUUCCCAUCAGGCCACAGUGGCAGCCAAGAAUCUAGCCAUCCUGAAGGCCCGAUCCUUUGACGUAACCUUUGAGGUUGGGGAUGAAUAUGAGGUCAUUGAGACGAUCGGCACCGGGGCUUAUGGUGUCGUGAGCUCAGCACGCCGCAAGGACACGGGCCAGCAGGUGGCGAUCAAGAAGAUCCCCAAUGCCUUCGAUGUGGUGAUGAAUGCCAAGCGCACGCUGCGUGAGCUGAAGAUCCUCAAACAUUUCAAGCACGACAACAUCAUUGCCAUCAAGGACAUCCUCAAGCCCUCCGUGCCUUAUGCCGAAUUUAAGUCUGUGUAUGUCGUGCUGGACCUGAUGGAGAGCGACCUGCACCAGAUCAUCCACUCCUCGCAGCCCCUCACCCUGGAGCACGUCCGCUACUUCCUCUACCAGCUCCUCCGGGGCCUCAAGUACAUCCACUCGGCCAACGUCAUCCACCGGGACCUGAAGCCGAGCAACCUGCUCAUCAAUGAGAACUGCGAGCUGAAGAUCGGCGACUUCGGAAUGGCCCGAGGCCUCUGCACCAAGCCGGACGAGUACAAGUACUUCAUGACGGAGUACGUGGCCACACGCUGGUACCGGGCCCCCGAGCUGAUGCUGUCCUUGCACGAGUACACCCAGGCCAUCGACAUGUGGUCGGUCGGCUGCAUCUUUGCCGAGAUGCUCGGCCGGAAGCAGCUUUUCCCGGGAAAGAACUACAUCCACCAGCUGCAGCUCAUCAUCACCGUCCUGGGCACCCCUCCGGCCAAGGUGGUGCACUCCAUCGGGGCCGACCGGGUGCGGGCCUACAUCCAGAGCCUGCCGUCGCGCCAGCCGGUGCCGUGGGAGAGCCUGUACCAGGAUGCCGACCGGAAGGCCCUGGUGCUGCUCUCCAAGAUGCUGCGCUUCGACCCCCGCGAGCGCAUCUCGGUGGGGGAGGCCCUGAGCUCCCCCUUCCUGGCCAAGUACCACGAUCCCGACGAUGAGCCAGACUGCAUCCCGGCCUUCGAUUUCGACUUCGAUAAGCAGGUGCUGACCAAGGAGCAGAUCAAGGAAGCCAUCGUGGCAGAGAUCAAUGAUUUCCACGAGCGUCGGGAAGGCAUCCGCCGGCAAAUCAGCUUCAAGCCGGCCCUGCGGAGGGCCGAGAUUGGGGGCUGCGAGGGGGGUGCCCCCAGCCCGGCACUGCUCCUCAGUUGCCACGACAUCGACAUGCCCAGCGCUGGAUCCCCCCGGGCGGCCAAUGGGGACUACGCCAUGGCGUCUCCCGCCUCGUACCCACUGAUGGAGACCAUCGACCUCACGUCUCCCCUCGCAGCCACUGCGGCCGUCGUGCAGCCUGAGGUGAAGGCCGAGGUGGAGGCUCCGGCUGCUCCCCCCAAGCGGGAAGGUGCAAUCUCAGAUGACACCAAGGCGGCCCUCUUAAAAUCCCUCCUGAAUAAGAACAAAGAUAUGUCUUCCUCUGCCCCAGAAGUGCCUGAGACAGCAUCUCGGAGACCAGUGACCGCGAAGGAGCGCCAGCGUGAACGAGAAGAGAAGCGCAAGCGCCGCCAGGAGCGGGCUAAGGAGCGGGAGAAGCAGAAGAAGGAGAAAGAGCGGGAGCACAAGGACAUGCUGACAGAAAAUGACCGGAACCUUCUGGAAAGAUGGGCCAAGAUGGUGGACCGGACCCAGAACAAGCCGAGCCAGAACGGAACACCAGUCCUGCCACAGGCGGGGGCUACUGGCCACAUCCUGCCUAAGGUGCCCCCCGCCAGCCACGUCCCACCGGCCCCCUCCAGCCACCCGCCCGCGCCUGCUGAAGUCCUUGCUUUCUCUGACCGGCAGGUGCCUGCCAUCGGACCCAAGCUGACUCUGGUCCCGGUGGGUGCGGAACUAGGCCCAGUCCAGGGCGCCAACGCCAACGUGGUUCACUUUUUCCCAGCGCAGACGGCCCCAUUCCUGGUUGCCGCCCCUGCUGCCCCCGCUUGCCCCAAAGCCGUCCCCUCCAAGCCGGAGUGCCUGCUGACCGUCAAGUUCGCCCCGGGCCAGAUCUUCCAAGCGCCGUACAGCAUGGCGGCCCUGAACGCCUGGAGCGGCGUUCCCCAGCCAGAGAGCUGGGCCGUUGCGGGGCAGCUGCCGGUGACUCAGCCGGAGGUGGCCCCUCCUAGUGGCACGCUGCCGGAGCCCACGGUGCGCUUUGGGGCUGGCGCAGGCAUGGAGCAGCCCCUUUUCCUGCCGGAGAUGGGCAAGCCCGAGCCGCCCCAGGGCUUGGUUGGAGAAGAUGCCCAGGGCGCCUUGCCGCACCAGAUGGCUGCGGAGUUGCCCUCAGAACCUCCGGAUAUCAAUGUGGUGACCCAGCAGUUCUCCAAAUCUCAGGUGGAAGAUCUCCUGCCUCCCGUCUUCUCGGGCACUCCCAAAGGCAGCGGUGCCGGCUAUGGGGUUGGGUUUGACCUGGAGGAGUUUCUGAACCAGUCUUUUGACAUGGUGGGCGAGAGCAGGGAGAGCCAAGGGGAUUCGGCCCCACUCUCGGCCUCCCUUCUCGCUGACUGGCUGGAAGUCCACCGCAUGAAUCCGGCUGACAUGGAGUCCCUCCAGCAGGAACUGCAGCUGGGCUCUCCCAUGAUCCUUUCCGACAUUCCAGACCUGCAGGAUGCCUGAGCAGCUGAGAUCCUGUGGUCCAACCUCGUCUUCCUCUUUUACACAAACACAACUACUUGCAAAGAGCAAAAAAGCCCCAGAGGCCAAGUCCGUGUGUGGUGAUAAUGACUGGUUUAUUUGCCUUCCCGACUUCUCCGGCUGGGAAUGUCACCGCAGUGCCUGUCGCUUUUUCUUUCAAGCAGAAACUGGAUCGGGCGGGUGUUUGGACUCGAGCCUUUUGCCAACAAGUUUUGAUCUGAUGCGGGCGCACCUGUGUCGUCUUGUGCAGGUGUGCUGCGGGAACCGAGAACAAAAGCUCUUUGAGCAGGGACUGUGGUCACAACACUAAGAGGCGCGUGUGUGUGCGUGCGUUGCCGCUGCUGUUGUGCUGGAAACGGGGGUCACACAAGCGCUUCUCUGACCUCCCACUGUGUGUUCCUUUCCUCGUGGCCCGAAGUAUGGAUACCACUUCAAAGCUCGGGGUGCUGAAAGCUGUUGGAGGGGGUGGACUUUGGUACCAGCAGGUCUCUCAAUAAGCCAAGAAUCACACCGGUGCCAAAGGUGCCCCUCCGUGGCAGCAUCCUCUGCUGUUCAAAUGUGAUCUUCGGGAAAUAACUGGAUAGUAGGAGAGGGAUAGAAGGAGCCCCUUUUUCUGCAUUGAACUGUUGGUCUAGCUCUGGAUUGCUCUCUUGGCUGAUGGCAGCUGCCCAGACCUCAAGGCUGGCCCUUUGCAUCCCAGCGCAGCUCUGAGGCUGGGCGUGGGUGCAGAAGGCCGGGCUCCAUCCUCCCAAUUACCACUCAGGCUUAACAUAUAGACGUUCCACUGCCUCCGUGGCUGAAAAUGUAAGGUGGCAAGGGCACCCCAAAUUUCUUGGGCUGCCUUUGCAAGGGCUCACCUGCAGCAGUCCCGGAGUCCUUGUUUACAUUUCUGAGAUUGGGGGAAUGUUGCUUUUCAUCUCACAUCCCUACCUAGAGACAGAAGAACAGCCUCGCCUUGGGUUUUUCUUUGUGGGCGGGGGAAGACAAGGAUCUCUGUGAAUCAGCUUAGUGGGGGAAUUUCCCUUCUCCACUCAUAAUGACCUCGUGUUAAAACUGCUUGGGCCCCAAGGCCUGAAGGGAAGACAACUGGCAGUUGUCAAAAUGAAGUUUUGGGGCAGGUGAGUCAUUUACUCCUGUUGCAUAACCACAAACUUUUCCCUUCUGAAGAAAAUUCCUUGCGAGUCUGUCUCCCCGAAGGGUAGGGGUGGGAUCUUGUACAUGCCUGGGAGCCAGGAGAGCUGGUGCUAGAAGAGCUGAAUGGAAGUACUGAGCCCACCUCUGAAGGUCCAGAGUCGGCUUCCAUGUGGAUUCUGGGAUACCUUGUCCUGCACGUGGAUGCACAACUUACCGGAAGUGUGGAGUGCUGCUGUCUGUAGCUGUUGGGAGUUUGUGGCAUAUUUUCUCCCAAAGUGGUGGUGGUGAUGUCUUAAUGAGGACUUAGUCAUUAAACUUUCUAUUAAAA